AUGAUUUCAGUCAUUCCGCUCCGAGCACCUGCUAUUGACAUUCAUCUAAAUGCUCGAUGGCAACAGAAUGGUCUCACUGUGGCUGGAGGAAAUCAGCAAGGCAAGGAAAUCAAUCAACUCUCUUACCCAUGGGGUUUGUAUGUUGAUGAUGAUCAAACAAUCUAUGUCGCUGAUAAACACAAUGACCGUAUUGUGGAAUGGAAAUGGGGUGCAACGAGUGGCCAAGUGGUUGCCGGUGGAAAUGAACAAGGACGUGGGGAUCAUCAGUUGCAUGAUCCAAGAGAUGUGAUUGUCGAGAAAGAAAGAGAUAGUCUCAUCAUCUGCGAUUAUUCGAAUAGAAGAGUGGUUCGAUGGCCUCGUCGAAAUGGGAUAAGUGGAGAAAAAAUCAUCUCCGACAUCAAUUGUUGGGGUUUGACAAUGGACGAGAAUGGAUUUCUCUAUGUCGUUGACUAUGGAAACGCUGAAGUGAGACGAUAUCGAAGAGGAGAAUCUCAAGGAACAGUGGUUGCUGGUGGCAAUGGAUAUGGAGAUCGUCUCGAUCAACUCUAUAUCCCACAAUGCGUAUUCGUCGAUCGAGAUCAUUCAGUAUACGUGUCUGAAUGGGACAAUCAUCGUGUGAUGAAAUGGAUGGAAGGUGCAAAACAAGGCAUUGUCGUGGCUGGUGGUCAAGGAGAAGGAAAUGGUCUUACACAAUUAUCAUAUCCUCGAGGAGUCGUUGUCGAUCAAUUGGGCACUGUCUAUGUGGCUGAUACGAGGAAUGAUCGAAUCAUGCGUUGGCCAAAAGGAGCCACACAGGGAAGUGUCAUUCUUGGUGGAAACGGUGCUGGAGGACGAUCAAACCAACUCUAUGGGCCCAUCAGCUUGUCAUUCGAUCGACACGGCAAUCUCUAUGUCGUCGAAUACGAAAAUCAUCGAGUACAAAAAUUCAAUAUCGAUUCAAACAAAUAA